AUGGCAGACCAUCUAGCUGAAAUAGCGGCGGACGCAGCGUACCGAAUCUCAUCCUCGUCUAACUUGGUUCUCCCACCCGAAUUCGUUCAAGACCCGUCUUCCUUUUUGACCAUGAUUGCUUCAGAACCUCCUUCUCAUGAAGCCUUGCGGAAACUUGCUGGACCCGUAGCAUCUUGGUUAUCUAAUCCCAAUUCGGCUGAAGCGGCCUCCCAAGUUUCUAGCCUCUAUCUUAAAGCUGCGGCAACCCAACUGAAGGUGGAAACGACGUCGGAUGGAGCUACGGUAGCAGCGGCAAGAAAGGCGGCACGCAGUGGGCGAAUGGAAGAAAUGGAAAUGCUACACAUUCAACACAAGGCAGAAGUAGUAGAUGCCGUGGGUGUGGCUGCUGCUCACUGUAUGUCCAAUCGGAUAUCCAUUUCAAGUUCAGGUAUCAUUCCUUCCCUCGCACAAAUCAUGCUCAAUGCUCCCAAUGAAUUGCUGUCAGCCAGUGUGGAAUUUCUCCAAUGCUCUUUGCUUGCGGAGCAGUACCGAUAUGCUGCCCGCUUGCUCCAAGGAACUUGGCCACGACCUGGGGAAGGAUCUAGUGUCAAACAAGUCUUGCGAUAUUAUCAUUUGCGAGGCAUGAUUCAUCUAGGUUGCAACGACCUCGUUAUGGCCCAUCGAUGCUUUUGGACUUGCCUUUCCAUUCCUUCUGAUUCCUUGUCCAAGAUUACCUUCGAGGCCUGGAAAAAGAUGGUUCUUGUGCAAUGUCUCACGGCGAAACAACCCCAAGCCAAGGGGAUGAUGCGUACCCCCAAAUCAAUGCCCAGUGUCUUGGUGAAACUAUUGUCGUCCUACAAGGAUGGGAGCCCCGCCAGCCAGACAAAACCAGCUCGUGCUGUCGGUUCCGAAUCAGCCGGUGAACGACGUCCUUCCCAACGACUUUCGUCUCAACGACUUGAUCAAUUGACUGCUCAAGAGGCACUUUCCUCGUACAUGAGCUUGGUGGAUGCCUUUGGUCAGCGUGACAAGGCCAAAUUCAUGUCGAUCAUGCAAGAAAAAGAAGCCAUGUUUACAGAAGACCGUAACAUGGGCCUGGUGCAUCAGUGUCUGAGCCAAUUGGUUCGUAACCAAGUGGUCCACUUGAGUAAUAUCUAUUCCGUCGUUCCCGUGUCCAAGGUUGUCAGCAUUUUGGGACUUGAGAAUGAAUCGCAAGUGCCCACCAUUCUGUUGGAAUCCAAGGUGCCGUGUCAAAUUCAACCAGAUGGCAUGGUGGUCUUUGACGACAAUAUAGUCGCUGAGAAGAAUCCAUCCUUGGUGGACUUUGCCGAAUGGAUGGAGCUGUUAGAAAAGGUCCAACAAUUGGACAUUUCCAUGCUGACUAGUGCCAAAUAUCAUGCCUUGCUGCAAAAGGAAAAUGCCAAUCGCAAGGAUGCGCCAGGAGUGGGAGGCCCACAGGGAGUUGAGGACCUUUGA